AUGAGCCGUGCUCGCCCCGCAGCGUCUAGAGCCCAGCGCCCCCCCAGAGCUAUGGCAGCGGCGUUGGCACUGCUGGUGCUGGUGGCCUGGCUGGCUGCCACCACCACAGCUGCGAUGGCGACGCAGGACUCGCUGCUCAACACCUGCCUGGACGCCAAAAACCACAAAAAGGAGCCUGGCCCCGAGGGACAGCUCUACGGGCAGUGUGUCCUCUGGAAGGACAAUGCCUGCUGCACUGCCAACACCAGCAUGGAAGCACACCAGGACCAGUCCUACCUGUACAACUUCAACUGGGACCACUGCGGGGCCAUGCCGGAGAAGUGCAAGCGCCACUUCAUCCAGGACACGUGUCUCUAUGAGUGUUCCCCCAACCUGGGGCCAUGGAUCGACCAGGCGGACACUAGCUGGCGGAAGCAGCGGAUCCGGGAUGUGCCGCUGUGCUGGGAGGACUGCGAGCAGUGGUGGGAGGAUUGUCAGGAUGCUGUCACCUGCAAAGUCAACUGGCACAAGGGCUGGAACUGGACCACGGGCACCAACCAGUGUCCCCGGGGCGCCAUGUGCCAGAAGUUCAAGUUUGUGUUCCCCACCGCGGCCGCGCUUUGCGAGCAGGUCUGGUCUGGCUCUAAUCGCGGCAGUGGCCACUGCAUCCAGAUGUGGUUCGACCCCGUGCAGGGGAAUCCAAAUGUUGCCGUGGCCCAGUAUUACGCUAGCAGUAAUGCCCUCCCAAACCUCCCACUCCCCAUCCUGCUGGCCCUGCUGCCCCCUACUCUCCUAGUCCUGCUCUGA